AUGAAUGCGUAUCACAUUCCCUCCUUUUUCCUUUCUUGUAUUCUCUACUUCUUCUCUCCCGCGCUAGCUUCCUCUGCCCUAGAUGAGGAUAAGGCUAGAACACGAAGCUCGUUCCCUAUUCUCAAUCUUCCAUACGCAUCGUACAGAGCAGCUAGAUACGAUAGCAUGAAUGAUAUCUACACUUUCAAGAAUAUUCGCUACGCGGCACCUCCGGUCGGUGCUCUGCGUUGGGCUAAGCCCGCACCUCCGUUGAACCAAUCCGGCAUUCAAGACGGGGGUAUCGGCCACUCUUGUAUACAGGCUGCCCCAAACGGAUUAAACUUACUCGGGACUGGUAACCAGUCUCCAAUGGGAGGAGCCAUCAACCAGCUCCUUGGGGGUAUUCCGCUUCCCAUAUUCUCAGGCGGUAAUGUUCCCGGAAAGGCUUUGGAAACAUCCUCUGAAAAGUUACCGGUCGUGGUGUUCGUAUGUGGUGGUGCGUACGUCUUCGGGAGUAAAGACUCACUACAACCCGAAUUACCGUUCUAUGAUGGGACUGGGCUCAUAUCACAGUCGGGCAACAACAUGAUAUUUGUAGCGAUGAAUUAUCGUGUAGGGGCUUUUGGCUUUCUUGCUGGAACGACCAUGGAGAAUGAAGGCGUUCCGAAUGCUGGCCUCUGGGACCAGAGAGCAGCCUUUCGGUGGGUUAAGGAUUACAUUUCCCUAGUAGGUGGGGAUCCGAGACGAGUGACAGCUAUAGGACAGUCUGCUGGAGGCGGAAGUAUCAUGCAUCACAUUGUUGGGCAGGGCGGGAAGCUUGACCCUUUAUUCUCUAAGGCUAUAUUGCUAUCGCCGGCUUUCGAAUACAUGUGGGAUCGAGCUGGUACAGCCCAGAAGAAAUUUGAGGCCUUUGCAAGAUUAGCCGGCUGUGCAAGUCAAGGUGUUUCGUGUUUACUGCGAGCUGAUGCGUCUACUCUUGCUAACGCAAAUACGCAGCUGAUGAAGCAGCAGUAUUCGGGCACCUUUGCUGUCGGUCCAACGCCUGACGGAUCAUACAUACGGCAGCUUCCUGUGCUAGAGCUAAGCACGGGCAAUUUCUGGGACAUAGAGUCGCUCGUCUUGUCCCACACUAUUGCAGAGUCGAACGUGUUUGUUAAUGGCGUCGUACGGACGGAUAAGGAUUUUGCAUCGUUCGUCGACACCAUAUUCCCAAAUUACACUCAGGCUGCGAGAAUCGCGGAUAAGGUAAGUGCUUUCUACACGGUCUCAAGGCAGUCGAAAUAUAAAUCAGAGACGGACCGAAUGCAGGCUGUCGUCCGGGAUAGCAGCUUCACGUGCAACAUUCGGCACCUCACAGAAAGCUUUGGCAGCCUUAAGGUCUGGAAUAUACAGUACGGAGUAUCGCCUGGGUGGCAUGGAACAGACCUCUUCCCAAUUUUCAGCUCCAAGCUUAGAGGCCGAAGCUGGCUUGAGAAUCUUGCGGCGCUGAUGACACCGGGUAUCGGAUGGCUCGUUCCCGGCAUCAGCGUAGCGUUGCAAAGCUACCUUACGAGCUACAUCGUCACAGGCGAUCCUAACACCGGCCGCAAAAUAUUCAACCUGCCGCCAACAAUCAAAUGGGACCACCCGAGUAGCCAAGGUGAGCAGAUCUCGGGGGUGGUUAACGUUGGCAAUUAG